AUGCUCUCUACAAAUUUAAUUAAUUUUUGUCUUGAUGAUUCUGAUUCUGAUGAUGAAUUAGAAUUGAUAGUAUCUACAAUAGGAGAGUCACUCAAUAAAAAAAGGACGUUGUAUCGCAGGUUAGUUCACAGUCGUACCUAUAUAUGGCGUUAUAGAAUACAUGCUCAUUUUAAACUUUAUCAUGAUUAUUUUGGACAUAAUCCUAUUUAUUCCCCAAGUGCAUUUCGUAGGAGAUUUCAAAUGAGUCGGUCUCUUUUUAUUCGCAUACAAUCAGCCGUUGAAUCUUGUGACCCAUAUUUUGUUCAAAAAAAAAAUGAUGCCGGUUUAUUAGGGUUGUCUUCUCUCCAAAAAAUAACCGCUGCAUUAAGGAUGCUUGCGUAUGGAUUUGCAGCUGAUUAUGUCGAUGAAUAUGUUAGAAUAGGUGAAAGCACUGCAAUUGAAAGUGUCAAAAAAAUUAUUGAGGCAAUAGUUUCAAUUUUUUCAGAAAAAUACAUGAGAUCUCCUACAAAAGUUGAUACUGAUAGAUUGUUAAAAGAAGGGGAUAGUUGUGGGUUUCCUGGAAUGUUAGGAAAACUUGCCGAAGGACGAGCUCCGCCGGCUAACUAUUCGGUCAAUGGUCAUGAAUAUAACAUGGGAUACUACCUUGCGGAUGGUAUUUAUCCUUCAUGAUCAACAAUUGUAAAAACAAUUCCAUCGUCACAAUCUAAUAAGCACAAACAAUUUGCUACAGCUCAAGAGUCAGCCAGAAAAGACGUUGAGCGCGCAUUUGGAGUGUUGGAAGCACGAUUUUCGAUCGUUCGUGGGCCAGCUCGUUUUUGGCAUCGUGAAACUCUCAAAAGCAUUAUGAAAGCUUGCAUUAUAUUACACAAUAUGAUUGUGGAAGACGAAAGACAUGUUAAAAAUCAAGAUUAUAAUUAUGAUUCAUUUGAUGUCAAUCCUGAUAUAUCAGUCUCGCGAGAGCGUUCAACGGAUUUUUUGGAAUUUGUUCAAUGUCAUCGUCGGAUUAGGGACAGAGAUACUCACUUUCAACUACAACAAGAUCUAAUAGAGCAUAUAUGAAAUACUCA